GAGGGGCUGAGCUGAGCAGAGCGCCCUGCGGGGGUUUCCAUAGUGAGAGGAGACUUUCAGUAUCAGGAGAAACGGGAGCGACUUCCUGGUCAGGGAUCAUGAGGCUUCUAAAAAGAACUCAAAACGCAAGGAAAAAACUGCCUGCAAUAUAAAGAAGACGGAGUCUAGCCUUUCAAGUCAAGGUCAUGUGCGCUUCUUCCAGUAUAAAACUCCAGUGGAAACUUGUGCGGACUUCAUGCAAGGCAUCACAUUACCAUGAAUUCUGACACAGACCAGGAUGCUGCAAUUAAACUUGCCCAGGAGCGCUCAGAAAUUGUUUCAAAGUAUGACAAGGGAAAAGAAGGAGCAACAGUGGAACCAUGGGAAGAUGCUAACUACCGGGUUUAUAAAGUCACAGAUCGCUUUGGAUUUCUUCAUGAGGAUGAACUUCCUUCAUAUGAUUCAGUUGAAGAAAAGCAAAAAAUACAAGAAAUUGAAAGGACUACAAAAUGGUUGAAGAUGAUAAAGAGUUGGGAUAAAUACAAGAACAGUGAAAAGCUCGCAAGACGGAUCUACAAGGGAAUUCCACUUCAGCUCAGAGGGGAGGUCUGGUGUUUGCUCCUUGAUAUACCUAAAAUAAAAACAGAAAAAAAAGGCUUUUAUGAGAAACUGAAGCAGAAGGCUAGCGCAAUUUCUCCAGAUGUCAGACAGAUUGACCUAGAUGUUAAUCGUACGUACAGGGACCACAUCAUGUUCAAGGACAGAUACGAUGUAAAGCAGCAAGCUUUAUUCCAUGUUUUAGUUGCAUAUUCUGUAUAUAACACAGAAGUUGGAUAUUGUCAGGGAAUGAGUCAAAUCACAGCCCUGCUUCUAAUUUAUAUGAAUGAAGAAGAUGCAUUUUGGGCAUUGGUGAGACUUCUCUCUGGACAGAAACAUGCAAUGCACGGUUUUUUUGUUCCCGGAUUUCCAAAGCUGCUGAGAUUUCAAGAACACCAUGACAAGAUUUUAAAGAAACUGAUGCCGAAACUUAAGGAGCACUUGGAUUCCCAAGAUGUCUUUACCAGCCUUUACACUGUGAAGUGGUUCUUUCAGUGUUUCAUUGACAGAACUCCUUUUACAUUAACGUUAAGGUUAUGGGAUAUCUACAUCUUAGAAGGGGAGCGAAUCCUUACAGCCAUGUCUUACACUGUCCUCAAACUGCAUAAAAAGCACCUUAUGAAGCUCUCAAUGGAAGACUUGGUUGAGUUUCUACAGGAGACACUGUCCAAAGAUUUCUUCUUUGAUGAUGACUUUGUAAUUGAUCAACUUCAAAAUUCAAUGUCAGAGCUUAAACGGUCAAAGCUGGACUUGCCCCCACCAGGAAAAGAAGAUGAAUUUCCAAAAAGAACACUAGGACAGCUGCCGCCAGAGCCGCAGUCAUCUUUCUCCAACCAUUUUACCAAUGGACAAAGCAAUAAUAUAAGGUCUGAAGUUACCACUUCUAAAAGAAAGACGUCACCUGAUCGUAUCAGUGAAAAAACAACCAACAGAGGAGGUAAAGACACACUUGACAGACCUAAUACAAAAUCCCAGAAGGCAUCUAAAAGGGAAGACAAAUCACCAGGCCCUUCUGAAAUGAAUUCACAGAAAGUGCCAUCUGGUCCAGAUACCCAAAGGCAGCUUAAUAAUGCAGCAGCAAACCAGAAUUCAAAUGCAGCCUCAAGCACUAGAAAAGAUUUUGGUCCAAGGUGGAAUAAACCAUCUGAACUGAAGCUUAACGAAGCAGUAGUUAAGCCCGCUGGUGGCAGUAGAGGAAGAACUCUAAAUUACAGUGUUUCACCUUCUCCGUCCAGUCCUGAUGACUUAUUUCAAGCAAGGCCAAAAAGCAGAGGACUGAUUGAUGAAACUAAGAGAGGGUCCAAUGCAUCACAAUAUGACAAUGUUCCCGGAGCGGAGUUUGAGUCAGAUACCAGGAUUGAAGAAAUGCUGGAAAGGUCCACAUCACGGAGUCCACGAAACAAAUCAGCAAGUCCAACUAAAGUGCUCAUCAGUGCUAACAUGAAUGGGCAACAGAAAUUGCACAAGCACACUUCACAGUUUGAAAAUGCAGACCAAAGAUCCCCCACUAGACCACCACCCUCCUAUCCUGGUCCUCCUGCUUAUAACAACCCUCAGCAAUACCCUUCUGUUUGGAAUAACCAGGCACCCUACCCUUCACAGUACAACCGUGGCAAGGACUUUAAAUGGGAUGAGUUAUCUCCUGACAUGUCGCACAAUGAUUCUCUCCCAGUCAGGGACAGAGUGUUUGUCACCUCUCCCCCAACCAAUCCUAUUUUUGUCAUGCCUGCUGAGACAAGCGCACAGUACAAUUCUGUAAAUUCAAAUAGCUAUGGUAGACAACCCAGCAAGUUUGCUUAUCCGCCGGUAGAUUACGUCACUGACAUUAGGAGAAACGCUGAGCGUUUUCCUGCAUACAGACAAGAUCCUCAUAGGCGGCAGUGGAGCCAAGAGACUGAUGCAAGGUACGCAGGGAGUAUGCCAAGGUCACCAAGUUUUCAAAAAGCUCAGAUGUCUCCAGUGCGGGAGUUUGCUUUUCCAAACUCUAGCCCCCAGUAUAGUUCACCUCAAUACAGAACCCUUUACCCAGAAUCCCAGCCUUCAUCCAGACAACCGUACCAAACCUCAUACAACAUGCAGCAGUACAGGCAACCAACGGAAGGACUGUCCGUGCAGGAGUCUGUACUGUUGUGAGGAGUAGCAGAGUGGCAACAGAAAAACACACAAUGUGGUCUCGUGACGAUAUGAGAAGAGAGGACAAACGACCAUAAGACUUUAGAGCACGCAUAGGUGUGUUCAGCAUUCCUGCACGUUACCUUGUAUUCCAACCCCUGUAAUUUUACUUGAAUUGAAAAACGGUAACUGAUCUUUAAUGUUGGAUUCUAAUUUGAAAUCAGAUACGUGAAUUUUAUUUUUAGUUUUAGGACUGGGAAGUCCAGUUCCAUAAUGAUAAUUCCAGGAUUACCAAAUGUUAAAAAUCGCAUUUGUCUGCAGGUAAUCUGUUAAAGCUUUGUCAAGUGCACUACGAUAUUGGUCUCUCCGAAAAAUAAUUAAAAAAAAAAGAUGGUUUCUCUUUUUCCUUUUUGGAGGAAGUAGUUCUCAAAGCCAGCACAGAAGAGUAAGUCCAAAUAUUUAAGACAUCUUGUAUCAUUUGAUUUGUGGAUGUAAUUAGCAAGCAAUUCUUUACCAGAAACGUUGCGUUCAAAAUCUGACCAGUGACUCUGUAAUGAUUUUUUACUAUGCAAAAAUGAUUGUUCACUGUAAAACAUAUUGUUUUUGUCUGCUAAUAACUAGUUUCCUAAAUAUUCUGUUCUUUUGAUUAUAUUCUAAAAGCUUGUGUUGUAACAUAUACCCCACUUGGGGUAUUCAGUGUUACACAGACUUCAUCCGGUUCUUUAGAUGCGUACUGUAUGCCUUGUCUGUUGAUUGUGUUUUUUCUCACAGGUAUGUCUACUUUCUGAACUGUGAAAUGGCCUGUGGAAUGGCUGACAUUUCCAGUGCUCGCUGAGAACAGACUGAAAUCUGCAGCUACAGUACUUAAAGCAGCAUAUAGAAGGCACCGUGAAACUUAACAUCAUGACAUUUUGAUUUGUGUUUUUUUGCUUUAUGAGGAACCACAGUUGUUUGUGUUACCAGUCCUGCAAUGUAUGCCUAACACUGUGUUUGUUGGUUGGUGACUUUAAAAGGUAAGUUGCCUAGAGGGAUGGCUAGGUGGUACAAGAAUAAGCAUUCCCACCUCAUGGCUCCAGAUGACAGGGUCUCAACCCCAGCCUGGUCAUUGCCUCCAUUUCGUCUCAUAUCCCAAACCUAUGUGAGUGGGUUUGAAGAAUGAAUUAAACUCUGACUAGCCACAACCCCAUUAAGCGGGUUAGAAGGUGAGUGAAUGGAUAAAGCUGUGCCAUGCUGAGUCCACAGAAAUGCCAGCAUGAGUUGGCUCCAAUUGUUCUACGUAAAUGUGAUUUUCAGGUUUAGCCUUUAUUUAUUUAUUUUUUUGAAUUACAUAUUUAAAUGCUCUCAAGUACUGUUUGAAGCAAUGGCGGGAACAAUGCCCAUGUUCAACGGCUAUUAUACCUUUAUAUCUUUUCCUAGAUAGUGUAAACAGAAGCGUGUGCCUUGAUAAUCUCUACAGUUCAUUUUGUUCUUUUGCAAAAUGAUCAUGUAGGUUGUUCACAUAUAAGGUAGUUUAGAAAUUUGAUUUCAGAAUCAUUCGGUGCAUAUCCCCAAGUCAAGAUAGAUGCAGGUGAACAGAAAUCCACAGAUACCUACUAAAAUCUGUGUGCAGAAUUAUACACAUUUCACGCCCUUAAAGGGUUGAGUUUCACACAAGGCAGAAACCUACUUAAAAAUCAAUGAAUAGAAGUAAAGGGAGGCUGGAGCAGAAAAAAAAGGAUGUUCACGAGGCCUAUGGCAGGGCGCCAUAUUGGGGAGUCGGGCACUAAGGAGCUCAUGCAGUCCUGGCUGUCACAGGCUUGGGAAGAAUGUGCCUCUCUGAUGACAUGGUACAGGCUUUGUGUUGUUGUGUUUGUCUGCCUUUGUUUUUCUCGUAUGAAAGGAAUAUUAUUUAAUUGUACCUUUUGGGGUUUUUAUUGUCUUAUUUGUAAACUGAACAUUUUAUUCUGUUGUUUAAUUGCUGUAUGUCACAUAAUGUAUCCUCUUGUAUAAAGUCUGUUUUAUUUCAGAUAACUUUUAAAAUUAUUAUAACAGUAACAUCUAAACUGUUUCUCAUUGGUUGACACUGAACAUUCCUUAGUCAUUUUAUUUUCUUAAUAAAAA